AUGGAAGACGACGCCAAUAUCAUUCGCACAAAAAUGCCGUUUACACUGCGCAUUCGCUGCCAGCGAGUCAACGACUUAGAAUUGCAGGUUCAGGACUCGGAUGAGGUCUCAACGGUCAAGGAGAGGAUCGCCUGCCAAAAGCAGAUCCCGAAAAACAAACAAACUCUGACCUUUCAAGGUCUGGUUCUUGAGGAUCCCUAUCGCCUGAAACAAUACGGAAUUAAGGAUGGAUCGACCAUAUUUCUAAGUAUCCCGUUGGGCUAUUCAAUUACACCGCAAGCCUACGCACAACGCUUGGUACUGCAGGCAGAUGACAUUGCCAUCAAAGGCAGAGGAGACUGA